AUGGCUCAUAUGAUUCACGGUGGGGUCCCGGUCGGACGAUCUCGCUUAACUAAUAUACAAGUCCUUUUCGUGUUGGCGUUGUACUGUUUCAAAGCCACUUUCUUCGUCCAUUUCACACAUGUCGCUACAAACAUCUCAGAUUGCUUCAGAACCGUCAAUGACAGGAUCACGAAGGAAAUAAGGAGCAGUGUAAAAUCUACGAUUAAUGAACUGAAGACUCUGAUGAACACCUACUGGAUGCUGUGUGACGCCGUACACCAGGCUAAUGUCUUCUAUGGUGAUCAGCUGAUGGCCGUUAUCUCCUCCUCAUUUAUUCACGUCACUAUCCGAUCUUACUACUUUUUCCUGUACGUCAGAAAUGGUAACAUGAUUUCAGUGACUAGUGAAUCAAUCUGGAUCCUGAGUCAAGUUUGCUACCUGGUUGUACUCGCCGACGAAACAAGUACGAUGAUCUGCAAGUUGAUCAACAAACAUCUGGAUCCGGUCUUGAAGGAACAGCUGGAGAGGUUUCUCCUGCAGGUGCCUCAUCACAACGCAAGAUUCUCUGCACUCGGGAAUUUUCCGGUCCAUAACCAAACGCUGACAGCGAUGGCUGGAGCGGUGACAACUUACCUGGUUGUACUGAUCCAAUUCCAGACUCAGCAGUCGCCCAACUAG